CCGCACCUUACUCGUGUCACCGAUACAAAAGUCAUAACAUGAAUUGCGUUAUAUGUUUAUUUAUCCUUUAUAUUACUUUUGUUUGUUCAGUUACCUUGACUUUUUUGUUCAACCCAAAAGCUCAAAGCCAAAUUCUAUUUUAUCUCCGUCUGCCGACCUUUUUAUUUAUUUUUUGAAUCUCCGUCGACCUCAUCGGCGAAUCUCCGAUCAGCCGUUAGGAGCUACAUCGUUGUUGUUAUUCUAGAAUGUCCAACAAACUCAUGUCACAACAGAUGUCAAUGCCAAAUAUGCAGAUGGGAAUGAUGGGGCCAGGUUCCACUUGUGCACUAUCGCAGCAGAUAUCAGUACCAAACAGCCAAGCACAGUCAUUGAGUAGUAUGCCUAACAGCCCUAAUUUGCAGAAACUCUCAGUAUCAAACAUGCAAAUGGGACAGAUGAAUCCACAGGCAUACAAUCUGAUGCCAGAGCAGGUCUCAUUACCUAGCAAGCAGCUGGGAGACACGGUAGCCAUGUUGAACAAUGCAGGAUCCUACCAUUCAUCAAUGUUGCAUAAGCGAAAGGCACCAGUUGAAUCCACAUCCAACAAUCCUGCAUUGCCGAAGUUAUCAAUGCCUAACAAGCGGGUUGCGCAAGCGGAACAUAGGCCAUGGCUGCAGCAAAUAUCUACACCAAACAAAUUACAGUCCAUUUCCAACACUUCUGGUUUGCAGCGUUCACAAGCACCGUCUAAGAAAUUGGCUUCUGGCAAAGCUGGUCUGCUGCAGUCAUCAGUUCAGAAAAAUAAAAGUGGACAACCAUCUCCCAAAGUUCAAAACGAGCCGACUGAAUCUGUGAGGUCCAAAUUAAAGGAGUCAUUAGCAGCUGCACUAGCUUUGGUUUCACAGCAGCAGGAUAGACCUUCAAACGAUGGUAAGAACUCUCAAAGUGAAACUGCUAGUACUGCAGGAUCAGUUGAGAAAAAUCCUCAAUCUCCUGGAUAUGCUCCUGGCACUUUGAAUUUUGUCAACCGGGUUUCUAAGGAGCCUGAGGGAUCUAUGCCAACAGGGGAGAAUUCUUUAGCCCAACAGUGUAAUGAUGGUCAAAGUAUAUUGCAAGGGAUUUCUUCUAAUAGUCCUGGUGAUUCUGCACAGACCCCAAAAUAUGAUGGCCAGGACUAUCAGCCAACUAUUAAUUUUCAUGAUGAAGACGCUUCAUAUAGUGAUAGCUUUUUUGUCAAAGAUGAACUUUUGCAGGGCAAUGGACUGUCCUGGGUUCUGGAAGCUGAUAUGAAGGUGGAAGAAAAAAAGGACAUUGAAACUUCAAUGAAACAGUCAGAACUGGAGAAUGUUAGCAUGGAGAAUGGGGGACAAGUGGUUCUGUCACCCCAAAUCUUGGCAUCUCAAAUUGAAGCAGAACUCUACAAGCUAUUUGGUGGAGUCAACAAGAAGUAUAAAGAGAAGGGCAGGUCUCUUUUAUUCAAUUUAAAGGAUCGUAAUAAUCCUGAACUGAGAGAAAGAGUUACUUCAGGAGAAAUCUCCCCUGAGCGACUUUGCUCUAUGACCGCAGAGGAGCUUGCAUCUAAGGAGCUUUCUCAGUGGCGGAUAGCUAAAGCUGAAGAGCUUGCUCAAAUGGUUGUAUUACCUGAUUCAGGUGUUGAUAUGAGACGAUUGGUGAAGAAAACACACAAGGGUGAGUUCGUAGUGGAAGUCGAGACACAAGAACAGGACAGUUUGUCAGCAGAGGUCACUGUUGGGGCUACACUUACUCAGACGCAACGCAAACCAAAGGAGAAGGGAGCCUCUUCCCCUACAAAACCUGAUGAGAUGAAAGAUAAAGGAAAGGAUGCUGCUAGUGAAAAGAGUCGUCUGGAGGACCAGAGUGUUCUCAUGAUAAAUUCGAAUGAAGGGACUGAUUUGAUGCAAGGGCUUAUGGUGGAUGAUGAAUUGAAAGAUGCAGAAUUUCUUCCUCCAAUUGUCUCCCUCGAUGAGUUCCUGGAAUCCCUUAAUUCAGAGCCACCAUUUGAAAAUUUGCCAGCAGACACUGAAAAAGCAACACCAAUUUCUGAUAAGGAUGAUUCACAAAUCGGUGCAGAAUCAGAGUCUCCUGAUUCAACUCAGAAAGAUUCUGAUGAUACUACCUCUUCUAAAGCUGAUGCUAUGGAUGUCAGAAAUGAAAAGUCAGAUGCUGACAAGGAAUCUGAUGUUACGGAUGUCACAGAUGCACAUUCAGAUGCUGACAAGAAAUCUACCAAAAAUAAUGUAAAAUCAGAAGCAGCACUUCCUGUUGGCAUACCAAAGGGUGAAGAAGUGUGGGAAGGCUUGAUUCAGCUAAAUAUGUCAACUGUGGCCUCAGUUAUUGGCAUUUUUAAAAGUGGUGAAAAAGCAUCUGCGAAAGACUGGCCUGGUUGUAUUGAGAUAAAGGGGAGAGUUCGGCUAGAUGCAUUUGAGAAGUUUCUGCAGGAGCUUCCAAUGUCUCGAAGUCGUGCUGUCAUGGCUGUGCAUUUUGCUUGCAAGGAGGGGUCUACAGGAAGUGAGCGUGCAAGUCUAAGUGAGGUUGCUGAUUCCUACAUUGCAGACCAGAGAGUGGGUUUUGCGGAGCCUGUUCGUGGAAUGGAACUCUACUUCUGCCCACCUCAUUUCAAGACUAAUGAAAUGCUGGGCAGAGUCCUUCCAAUGGACAAAAUUGAUGCCAUUAAUGCUAUCGAUAAUGGUCUAGUUGGUGUUAUUGUAUGGAGAAAACCUCAAAUAACAUCUACAAUGUCACAUCCUAGACACAAUUCAAAAAAGCAUCACUUCACUUCUAGGACUAGACAACAAGAUAAGAAUGUUAAUCACAACGUUGAUGUUUCUGUUACGGCUAAAGACCUGUUAGCCCAUGUCGGACCUACUCCAUUUACUAAGCCUCAGCUGGAUAAUGGCGAUGACGAUGAUGUGCCUCCUGGGUUUGGCCCUCCGGUUGCUCGGGAUGAGGACGACUUGCCUGAGUUUAACUUUUCAACUCCUUUUAAUUCACGGACACAAACACAGUCACGUCCUGUAGAUCAAAUGAGGCAGCUUGUUCAACGAUAUGGACAAGCUGCAAGUAAUGCGAACUGGCAGGAUAAUAAUAGAGAUGUUAGGGUUUCAAUGCAGCCAUGGAAUGAUGAUGAUGAUGAUGAUAUGCCAGAAUGGCGUCCAGAAGAUAACAACAAACCACAACUUUUAUCACAGCCAGUGCAUCAGCAAAAUGUACAUCAGCAACCAAUUUUGGUGCAACAAACACCAGCUAUGCCUUUGCACCCACAGAUGAACAUUAUACAUACUUCACAAAAUGUGGCUUGGAUGGGUCCUAGUCGUGGCCCCUAUGGCCCUUCUCCUCAUCCUGCUUAUCAGUAUAACUAUAGAGCACCAGGACUCGAAGCUGCGCACCAAGGCAUAGCUUGGCGUAGAGAUGCUCCUUCAAGUAGAGGGUUCUGAAAUAUCUUGUACUAUAAUUUUAUAAAUGGUAGUUUCAUGUAUGUAUUUUUCUUUUUAUGCAUCAUUUGGGGAAUUCAGUUCUUUGCUUGGUUUUUGGUUC